AUGAGAUGGCUGUUCUGGGCAUCGCCGCCGGAGAAUGGCCCAAAUGAUGACGACGAUACGAGCGAUGUUCUACUCCCAUCCGCCCGCGGUCGAGCGCCGCCUUCUUCCGAUUCCCUGAUAUCCCGAGUCCAAUCAGGGAGAGAUACCGAUGGCAAUUCAGCAUAUCAUGCUACAGGCAGUAAACGUUUUUUCGAAGCGAAAACUGUCGUUUCGACCGUCCUUCUAACCAGUGGCAUCUUGCUAUGUAUCCGCAUUCAACGCAAAUAUCUCCGACGGAUACCUGAGGCGGGUUAUGUUCCCCGCUCUUUCUUCAGACGCCGGAGUAUAUUUGGAAAAGUAACAAGCGUGGGAGAUGGUGAUAAUUUUCGACUGUAUCAUACACCUGGUGGCAGGUUUGGCGGGUGGGGAUGGUUGCGAAGUGUUCCCACGCAGAAGAAUGACUUGAAGAAUAAAACUAUUCAUGUCCGACUCGCCGGUGUCGACGCCCCUGAGCUCCCUCACUUCGGCCGCCCUGGCCAACCGUACUCAGAAGAAGCACACACUUGGUUAACGAAUUAUCUUCUUGGCCGACAUGUGCGCGCCUAUGUUCAUCGUCCUGAUCAAUACAGCCGUGUCGUUGCUACAGUGUACCGUCGCCGCUGGCUUAUUUUCCAGGAAGAUGUCGGCCUUCAGAUGCUGAAGCAUGGGUUGGCAACGGUUUAUGAGGCAAAGACUGGGGCGGAGUUUGGAGGUGCUGAACUGGAGAAAAAGUAUAGAGAUGUAGAGGUCUCGGCAAAAAGCCGGGGAAAGGGACUCUGGCAGGGAGCGAAGGGAAAGAAAAAAGCGACGUGGGAGAGCCCGAGGGAAUUCAAAUCGAGGAUGGCGGAAGAAGAUCAGAAGAGGGAUGCCAGGCCGACGAAGUAG